UAAAGCUCCUUCUCGCAUUCUCUUAUUUCUUCCCCGACAAAGAUCAAGAAAAUGCUUCUCACCAGCCCUUCAAUGUCCAGUACUCAAAUUCCGGCCCAUCAACGCAAGAAGUCACUAUCACACUCGCCAAUCAUCUUCCCUGUAAAAUCCAUGGCAACAACUGAUAACAUGAGAAGAAGUGGAAGAAGAACGGCGCCCAUGUCAGCUGUUGAAUCUCGGGUCUCUCUCGUUCUCGCUCUCGCUGCUCAAGCGUCAUCUCUAUCUCAGCGCUUUUUGAUGGAACUGGCGAAUGAGACCGCAAAAUACGUGUUCCCGAGUAGGAGGUUCGAGAGCCGGAGUUUGGAGGAAGCGUUGAUGUCGGUUCCGGAUCUUGAGACGGUGGAAUUCAAGGUUCUAAGUCGGUAUGACCAGUACGAGAUAAGAGAAGUCGAGUCUUACUUUAUUGCCGAGACAACGAUGCCUGGGAAGUAUGGAUUUGAUUUUGCUGGUGCAUCUCAAUCUUUCAAUGUGUUGGCUGAGUACUUGUUCGGUAAGAAUACAAGAGAGAAGCAAAUGGAGAUGACUACACCAGUUUUUACUCGUAGAAUAAAGUCUGAUGGGGAGAAAAUGGAUAUGACAACCCCAGUGAUCACUAGAAGGGUGGAAGAUCAAGAUAAGUGGAAGAUGUCCUUUGUCAUGCCCUCGAAGUAUGGUGCCAACUUGCCAUUGCCAAAGGAUUCAUCUAUAACUAUCAAAGAGGUGCCAAAAAGGAUCAUUGCUGUAAUUGCAUUUUCAGGAUUUGUGACUGAUGAAGACGUUGAACGCCGUGAAUCAUCACUCAUGGACUUGCUGAAGAACAACCCAGAGUUUCGCGUAAAAGAGGGUGCCUCUGUGGAAGUUGCACAGUACAACCCACCCUUUGCACUUCCGUUUAAUCGUCGUAACGAAAUUGCUCUAGAAGUUGAAAGGAAGCAAACAUAGCUUUUGGCCAAGGCUCGAAUACACACACACACACACAACAUAUAUAUAAUCCUAUGCUCAUUCUUGAGUAAAUGCAAAGCUACAAAAACACUGUUGAUAGGUUUCUUCUCUACUAUAUAAAGUGAGUUUCCCUUGUAAAACUAUCAUACAGUGUCAAGGAGUAAACAAAUACUAUAUUCAUAUGGGAAAUUGCUGCUCUUGUUCAAUUUUGUUUUAUGCUUCCAAGAAAAAGGAAAAACAAUAUGUUCUCUACAUGACUAAUACACUGAAGACUUGCCAAGUUAUCAGGUAUGAUCUCUGCUCACACAAUUACAUAUCUUUUCUUUCCUGUUCUUUUUGCAUGAAUCAUCUCCAGUUUCUGUACCUACAGAAACAGAUGAAGUUUAACCAGUGAUUCAUGUGCUUCUAUUUAUUGUAUCUCAAUGGCUUCCUGAAUUUUUCUGUCCAAGUGCCAGCAGCCGUCGUGAGAUGUAAACCAUUAGAUCAGAUUAUUAUAAAGUGAAACGUUGAUAUUAUCAUGUACGAUCUAAUAGUUUACACCUAAAUUGGAUUGCUGGCAGCUAGUUUCCUGCAAGCUAGAUAUGUUGUAUAUAAAGAUCGUCGUCUCCUUUGCUCUUUGUUUUUGCCGAUAGCAAGCUGAAAACUAAGCUGCUUCAGGGAUACUUUCCAGGACAGGUGACCAUCCUUUUGAAAUCAUUACAGCAUCUCUAUCAUAACUUUUGAUGAUUUCUUCUUUCUGCACCUUAGAGAUCAUAUCAUCAACUGAAACUCCUCCUAUCCUCAGCAUUUCUUGCAGCUCUUGCUUGCUGAUCACGAGCUUAAUCCUCACAACUCCAGCCAGUCGAUGAUGUUCAUCUUCAGAUACUUCAUGGUGAGAGAAUUUUGACAACACUUGAUCAACUUCGAUUGGGGAUUUCUUGUAUUGUAUGAUUUUCCCAUCUGCUUUCAUCACCCUAACAACAUUUUCUUGAAGAACUAGACAGUUCCCCAUGAGGAA